AUGCGUUCACAUAAACUUUUGUUCCUUAUCUUUUUGAUAUUAUAUUUCAUUGCCGGCAUUUCACUUCUCAUUACGGGUAGUGUAGCUCAUAGACAUGCGUCACAAUUUUCGCAUAUUACUGGUUAUUCACUUAUUUCUGGUGCCGGAUUUAUUAUUGCAUUAGGUGUUAUUAUUAUUGUUUUAACAGCACUUGGUCUCAUUGGAGCAUAUAAAAAUCGUUUAAAUUUAUUAAAAAUUUUUAUUGUUUCAUUGGUUAUAAUACUUUUACUUCAAUUAAUUGCUGCAAUUGUUGCAUUUACUCUUCGCAAUAAAGCUAAAGAUCAAUUACAUACAGAAUUAAAGGAAUCAUUAACAGAUUAUAAAAAUGGAAAUGAAAAUACUAUAACUGAAUGGAAUCGUCUUCAACAAAAAUGGUCAUGUUGUGGUGUUGAUAAAACUGAUGAUUGGAAGAAUUAUACUAAAGAUGGUAAACCACCAUCAUCAUGUUGUCCUAAUAAUGAUUGUACACAACCUAUGGUAAAUGGUACGGUUUAUUUUGAUCGUGGUUGUUAUGAAUCAGCUAGUAAUCUUUUCUUUCAAUAUUCAAAAGCAUUAGGUGGUGUUUCAAUAUUUUUCUUUUUUAUUGAAAUUGCUGGUCUUGGCUUAGCUAUUUUUCUUCUUCGUGAUUUGAAAAAUAACUAUGGAAGCGUUUAA